AUGAGAACAUCAAGAAAGAAUGUAGCUUUUCCAAUGGAUUCUGAAGUGGGAGACAAGAAGAAAAGAUUGCAUCUAAAGCGUGAAGUUGGUCUGUUCAGUGCUGUAUCUUUAAUUGCAGGGACAAUGAUUGGCUCAGGGAUAUUUAUGUCACCAGAGUGGGUGCUGUACUACAUGGGCAGUCCAGGGGGCAGCCUCAUCAUCUGGGCUGCCUGUGGGCUACUAGUAAUGCUAAUAUCUCUCUGUUAUGCUGAAAUCGGGACCAUCAUAACAGAAUCUGGGGGAGAGUACAUUUACCUGCUUAGAAUAUUUGGCCCACUGCCUGCAUUUCUCCUGAUGUAUACCUCUGUGUUUGUGGUGAGGCCUGCUGGUAUUGCUGGUGUGUCACUUAGCUUUGCUCAGUAUGUUACAGCACCGUUUUAUCAAAGCUGUUCUUCACCACAGUCUGUAGUCAAAUGCACUGCGGCUGCAUGUGUCCUAGUCUUACUGAUAGUAAAUACGCUGAAUGUGAAACUGGCCACAACUAUUCACAAUAUCUUUACUGCUGCCAAGGUGAUAGCACUAAUGAUCAUUGUUGUAGGUGGAAUUAUUCUUCUGGCUAAUGGACACUUUCGCAAUCUUCAAAAUGCCUUCCAUGGUACUGUUACAGGUUUUGGACCAGUGGGAACUGCUUUCUAUCAGGGACUGUGGUCCUUUGAUGGAUGGAAUAAUCUGAAUUAUGUAACUGAAGAACUGCAGAAUCCACAUGUGAACCUUCCAAGGGCUUUAAUGAUAGCAGUUCCUCUAGUAACCAUCUUAUAUGUGUUGGUAAAUGUGAGCUACUUCGCAGCAAUGACUCCUGUUGAACUCUUGUCAUCAGAGGCCGUGGCUGUUACAUGGGGAAACAAAGUUCUAGCUAACUGGAUGUGGCUGAUUCCACUGUCAGUUGCAUUGUCUACAUUUGGUUCAGUCAAUGGCACUUUCUUCACUGGUGGUCGUGUGUGUUAUGUAGCAGCUAGGGAAGGUCACAUGUUUGAGAUCAUGUCCAUGAUUCAGGUGCGACGUCUUACACCAUCCCCUGCACUUAUAUUUACAGCACUUAUAGCUUUGAUAAUGAUUGCAGCAGGAGACUUCCAUACCAUUGUGAACUAUGUCAGUUUUACUGCAUGGAUGUGUUAUGGUCUGAUACUUGUUGGUAUCCUCUACUUAAGAUAUAAGAAACCUGAUAUUCCUAGACCUUGCAAGGUUCCAAUUGUAAUUCCAGUCAUCGUGCUGAUUGUAGCCAUUUAUCUUGUAUUGGCACCAAUUAUUGACAGCCCCCAGACUGAAUAUAUCUUCGUGAUCUUUUUUAUUCUAAGUGGUAUAAUUUUUUAUCUUCCACUGAUACACUUUAAACUUCAUCCAGGUUUCAUGAGCACCAUAACUUUACACCUACAACUUUUACUUGAUGUUGCUCCAGCUGACGAAGAUGUGAACUGACUGUGGGUGUUUUGGGAAGUUGUGCAAAUUGCCUAUAGUGGUUUUAACACUAGAUAAAGAACAUGACAUGUCAAAGCUGUAGACAGGUAUAGUUUCUCAUCUAAAACAAUUUUAUUUACAGUUGCAUGAACUAACAGCUGAAAAUCACAUGUUCAUUUUUAAAUGCAGGUUAUGCAAGAUUUGGA